GCUGCGUCACGCACCAGCCAGCUGCGCACGCACCCCAACUCGGACAUCCGCUAGGAACUUGGAAGUUCCGAACUUCCGAAGACCCAACACUGGCAACAGCGAGUGGAUCCUGGAUUCUGGUAGGCUGUGGUCUUGCCAUUCAUGCCACUCGUGGAGUCGUGGUGGAACGUUGAAAGUUGAAGCAUUGGGCCCUGUCUCGCGGCAGGGAUGUAGAUUGAAAGCAUGGGCCCUGACAAUGCUUCUCGCAAAGUUAUGGUACCAUCCGCGUUAGUGGCAAUGCAGGGUGUUCACAAGCGGAGAGAGUUGACGAAGGGCUUGGUGAAACUUUACGCGCCUCCAUGAAUCCAAUUGAACAACUAGCGAAAUGUUUACGCAGUGGGGUAACUGUCUGACUCAGAGGAGGUGGUAUUGUCUGGCCUUAACAAGUGUAGUCUGUAGAUAGCGUGUAACUUGACUUUGUAACUACAGCCCAAAUUGGUGGCGACCUGGAUACGAGGUCUGAUCAUUUUCUGGUGGUGGCAAAGCAGCGGAGCUGCGCCAAAUUGAGGCGAUGGCUCAGAUUGAGGCAAAAAAAGUCAAAUAGGCGCUUCUAGUCACAUUUCCUAUUCCACCUGGGACCUUCAGAACUAGAGUCAGAAAUGGACUGCAUUUCUGAAAGCAGCUGUCUUAGACCAAUUAAAGAGCGCUAAGCGCAGCGCAGACGUCCUAGCUUGCUAACUGGAGUGCAGCUCACUGACGACCAAAAUACUGAUUCAAAAUCCAGCAGGGAACAAGCGUGGGUUCAGAAUGCGCCAUAAGGUCACGCACCACUUCUGGUUGCUGGAUGGCGUUCGCAUAGCUGCCUUCAUUUGGACGGUGGCGCUUCACACUGAAGCUAUGUUGUUCCUGGCCGCCCCAGCCGACCAGGUUGAGGGGCAUUACAACCGGAGCGCCAAAAUGUUCUGGCACAGGUUGUUGUUUUGGCAGGGCCACUUUGCACUGGACAUCUUUAUGCUCCUAAGCGGCUUCCUCUUCUCGGCUAGCUGUUCUCCUUCCGAAAAGGGCUCGCUCUGGAUCGGCGUUUCAUCCUGCCUCGUUCGACGGCUCAGGCGCCUGGCACCGCUCUAUUACCUGGUCCUUACAGUCCAUCUGCUCACGCCAGCUCCAAGAAAGGAGAACGCAUGGCGCGCUUUUCUUUUCCUGAGCAACACCGUGAGCGUCGAGCAGCAGUAUCUCCCUCAUACGUGGUCCGUCUCCUUAGACGUCCAGGCCACUAUCGCUCUUUAUCUGCUGCACCGAUGGGCGGCUUCGACUCCCACACGCAGGAGUGGCGCCGAAACGGCGCCUGAAUGCCGACGUGUCACUGCCAGAUUGGCUUCUGCUGCAAUCAUCUUUACUCUGUACGGAGUGGGCAUGUCCAGCUGGCUCGUGUACGGGGAACAGCGCUUCCGACUGCCUCUGAAGGUCCUUGGGCACGAAGCCUUCCGGAACUCUGGCGUCGACCUCUCCUCCGCUUAUCAAACCUUUUACGAAAUCGUGUACCUUUCACUCCCAGUCCGAUUGCCGGCGUACCUGGUCGGAUCCGUUCUCUGGCACAUGAAGUACGGACGCGGAAUUUCGACGGCCGUUCCGGAACCGCACAAGCUGGGACUGAGCUUCCUUGCUACGGCGCUGUGGUACUCGUGCCUCGCUCUGCCGUUCUCCUCGUCGGCGGGCCUGGCUGACUACAGCGCAAUCACAUCCGUAGGAGUUGCGGCAGUCGCGAGGCCCGCUGCUGCCCUCGCCACUGCAAUUUUGCUGUACGCAUGGCUUCCUAACAAACAGAAACUUCCGGAACCUCAUCAACAACCGCUGGAAGGGUCUCUUCGUUCAGAAGCGCUUGAGCGAGUUGAGAGAUUGGGGGUCUGCCAAGUUGAGUCGAUUGAAUCGGUGGGAGGGGGAGCGAAAGAGCUGAAGACAAGGUUUGAGGCAAAAUGGAGUGUAGAGGCGCUGGACAGCUCCACGCAGAUGGUUCUCAUCACCCACAGCGAGUAG